GGUAUCGAUCGAGUGUCGUCGCCAGGUCAGUGACUGGUGUGUGGGCUUCUUCUAGUGCUGCUGCUGCUGAUGAUGAUGAUGCUGACGAUGAUGGUGAUGAUGACUGUGAUGAUGAUGCAGUGACGAUGCUCUGAUCAUUAUGUGUCUCCAGCUUCUCGCAGCUCCCUCCCUCUGUGUACAUCUAAAUCACAGGCUAUAUUUGGAUUGGGUGAUGUCACAGGUGGGUAAGGCGUGAAGCAUAUAUAACUCCUGCAGUCUCCUGAAGCUCAGAGAAACUGAAGCCUAGGUCCAGCACAAGCCAAACCCUGCUGCAGAACUAGGCUGGACUUGUUCCUUUGCUUAACCCUGAUUCCAAGAUACUAAUAAAGUGCACAAUGAGAAACUUGAGGCUGCCUACUGUUCUCAUUGUGCUGACUAUGACUCUAAACUGUCUCAACGCCACCCCGGCAAACAGGGAGCAGUCUGAUGUUCGACCGGGCAGAGAGAGCUGGCUGCUGCCUGGCUUCGCAAAAAACUCCUUCAUCAGUCUCACCGCUACAAUGCCAGAGCAGGAGCCCGUCAAGGCAAAGAGAGGUCAUCUGGAAAAGAGGAGGUGCAACACAGCUACCUGCGUGACGCAGCGCUUAGCGGACUUCCUCGUCCGAUCCAGCAACAGCAUCGGCACGGUCUACACGCCGACUAAUGUGGGCUCCAACACGUAUGGAAAGAGGGCUGGACUGGCUCCACUCAGCAGAGAAACUCUGAAAUAUAUACAGUUUUAGGACACGGCGUAGUCAUGGAAAUCAGUUGUAGUUUUCUGUACAAAACAA